CACCUGCAUUUGGGUUCUGCAUUUGAUUAUGUAGGUCAUUAAGCCCAGGGCAGUGGGCGGGGCCCAGUGUCGCAGGUGUCGUAGUCUGACGUGGUGAGUGGGAUUGGGAUAUGGGAUUUCCUGUCUUUGCCGCGACUGUAAUUAACCCUGCACGAAACAGACUGUGGCCCGGCAUGGUCACGUAGCUCCUGUGUGUACACCUGUAGAGCUGAACAGCCUGAACACUGGUGCUGUUUAGUCCAUGCCGUGCGGUUUAAACUUUUUUGUUCAAGAUGGAGACUGAAAGCGAGAGUAGCACUUCGGGAGAUGACAGUGUCUUUUGGUUGGAUUCAGAAGUUAUAACCCCGGUGACUGACGGUGAAGAGGAGGGAAGGGAAGAGCAUUCCAGGAAGAUGAAGUCCUCGGUGCAUUCUGAAGAGGAUGAUUUUGUUCCAGAACUACACAGAAACGUUCACCCUCGAGAGCGGCCUGAUUGGGAAGAGACACUUAGUGCAAUGGCAAGAGGAGCAGAUGUUCCAGAAAUUCCUGGAGACCUUAGUCUUAAGACAUGUGGCAGUACAGCUAGUAUGAAGGUUAAACAUGUGAAAAAACCCACCAAUCCAGGACUGAUGGGCUGCGACAACAUUCACAGGUUACCCUUCACUAAAGGUCACUUUCCGAAGAUGGCUGAGUGUGCACAUUUCCAUUAUGAGAACGUUGAGUUUGGCAGCAUACAGCUUUCACUUUCAGAAGAACAAAAUGAAGUCACGAAAAACGGCUGUGAAUCUAAAGAGCUGGUCUACCUCGUGCACAUUGCUUGUCAGGGCAAAAGUUGGAUUGUUAAAAGAAGUUAUGAAGAUUUUCGGGUACUUGAUAAACAUCUUCAUCUAUGUAUUUAUGACCGACGAUUCUCCCAGCUCUCAGAGCUUCCCCGUUCUGAUACCCUGAAGGACAGUCCAGAGUCGGUCACUCAGAUGCUUAUGGCUUACCUGUCCCGCCUUUCAGCUAUUGCUGGCAACAAGAUCAAUUGUGGACCUGCCCUUACCUGGAUGGAGAUGGAUAACAAGGGGAAUCACCUGCUGGUUCAUGAGGAGUCCUCCAUUAACACUCCUGCCGUUGGCGCUGCCCACGUCAUCAAGCGGUACACUGCUCGGGCCCCGGACGAGCUGACCUUAGAGGUGGGAGACAUUGUGUCUGUUAUUGACAUGCCCCCGAAAGUGUUAAGCACGUGGUGGAGAGGCAAGCAUGGAUUUCAGGUGGGACUCUUCCCUGGACACUGUGUUGAGUUAAUUAAUCAGAAAGUUCCCCAGUCAGUGACCAACUCCGUGCCAAAACCAGUAUCUAAAAAGCACGGCAAGCUCAUUACUUUCUUACGCACAUUCAUGAAGUCUCGUCCAACAAAACAGAAGUUGAAGCAGCGUGGGAUCUUGAAAGAAAGGGUGUUUGGUUGUGACCUGGGAGAGCACCUUCUGAAUUCUGGUUUUGAAGUGCCCCAGGUUCUUCAGAGUUGCACAGCGUUCAUCGAGAGGUAUGGCAUCGUGGACGGGAUAUAUCGUCUCUCUGGCGUUGCCUCCAAUAUCCAGAGACUGCGCCAUGAAUUUGACUCUGAACAUGUUCCCGACCUGACAAAAGAACCCUACGUUCAGGACAUCCACUCCGUGGGCUCCCUGUGUAAGCUCUAUUUCCGGGAGCUCCCAAACCCUCUGCUCACCUACCAGCUGUAUGAGAAGUUUUCUGAUGCUGUUUCAGCAGCAACAGAUGAAGAAAGGCUGAUAAAAAUCCACGAUGUCAUCCAGCAGCUCCCCCCUCCACACUACAGAACACUGGAGUUCCUAAUGAGACACUUGUCUCUUCUAGCUGACUAUUGUUCCAUCACAAAUAUGCAUGCAAAAAACCUAGCAAUUGUUUGGGCUCCAAACCUGCUAAGAUCAAAACAGAUAGAAUCUGCCUGCUUCAGUGGAACAGCGGCUUUCAUGGAAGUGAGAAUUCAGUCUGUGGUUGUUGAGUUCAUCCUCAAUCAUGUCGACGUCCUCUUCAGCGGGAGAAUCAGUGCAGCCAUGCAGGAAGGGGCAGCUUCUCUUUCAAGACCCAAGUCCCUGCUGGUUCCGUCUCCAUCCACCAAGCUGCUGACGCUGGAGGAAGCCCAGGCCCGAACACAAGCUCAGGUCACCUCCCCAGCUGUGAGUGAAAAUAAAUACAUCGAAGUGGGAGAGGGGCCUGCCGCCCUUCAGGGGAAGUUCCACACCGUAAUCGAGUUCCCGCUUGAAAGGAGGAGGCCUCAAAAUAAAAUGAAAAAGUCUCCCGUGGGCAGCUGGCGUUCCUUUUUCAACUUGGGGAAAUCGUCAUCUGUUUCUAAAAGGAAGCUGCAGCGCAACGAGAGCGAGCCUUCCGAGAUGAAGGCCGCGGCUCUGAAAGGUGGCAGAGCAGAAGGGACCCUCCGUUCAGCUAAGAGUGAAGAGUCUCUUACUUCCCUCCACGCAGUCGACGGUGAUUCCAAGCUCUUCCGACCCAGACGGCCCAGAUCUAGCAGUGACGCACUGAGUGCCUCUUUCAAUGGAGAAAUGCUGGGGAACCGCUGCAAUUCCUACGACAAUCUCCCCCACGACGAGAGCGAGGAGGAAGUCGGGCUGCUGCAUGUCCCAGCCCUCCUGUCUCCGCAUUCAGCUGAGGACGUUGAUUUGAGCCCACCAGACAUUGGAGUAGCCAGCCUGGAUUUUGACCCGAUGUCAUUUCAGUGCAGUCCUCCUAAGGCCGAGUCUGAGUGUCUAGAGGGUGGUGCUUCCUUUUUUGAUUCAUUGGGAUACUCCAAGGACAGACAAAAUACCAACAACAAGGACUCAGAGGCGGGUGGCAGCCAGUCUCAGACUCCGGGAAGCGCUGCCAGUUCUGAACCUGUCUCUCCUGUUCAGGAGAAACUGAGUCCUUUCUUUACGCUGGACUUGAGCCCAACCGAAGAGAAGCCAUCUAAAGCAUCCUCGUUCACGGAGAAGGUCGUCUACGCUUUCUCUCCAAAGAUUGGCCGGAAAUUAAGCAGAUCGCCCUCUAUGAACAUAUCUGAGCCAAUCUCAGUGACCCUUCCCGCUCGGGUGUCAGAAGUCAUCGGUACAGCCUCAAACACGGCAGCUCAGGACGCACCUUCUCCAACCUGGAACAAAAGUGUCGAAGAAAGUGAUGUUAUAAACAGACCCCCCACCCAGGUAGUAAAGCUGAAAGCAAGUGAGAGAGAGGCCCAAGAAGGAUGUGAGUCUGCGGCCCAGCCCCUGGGCCAGGUGGCGCCCGCCGGCGUGGAGUCGCCAGGGAAGGAGGAGGAGCCUGCCUCUGCCUCAAGCGGUCAGAGUAAGGCUGUGCCUCCUGGACAGACUCAGACAGGAGCAGAUAACCAUGACCCCCCUCAGGAUCCCGUUCCUGUAAGUUCAGUCUCUCUUAUCCCACCACCACCGCCUCCGAAAAACGUUGCCCGCCUGUUGGCGCUAGCGUUAGCCGAGUCUGCGCAGCAAGCCUCCACCCAGCCCCCGAGGAGACCAGGGCCAUCCCAGGCUGCUUGUGCAAGUUACGGAGGCCUGGCAGUGGCCGCAGCUGAAGACAGGCUGCCUGCUUCCCACUCCAGUGUCACUGCAGAUAGAGCCUUCUUCCAGGCUGACAUGCCCACAGAGCAGCCCCACCUCCAGGACGGUGACCAGCCAGCACCGGGUGCAGCAGCUGUCGGGGAUUACACCCACUCCUGUGCCACGGAGUCUGGGGGGCAGCCCCACCCAGCAGACUUCCCAGGCAGUCAGCCACAUCGAAUUUAUUUAGCUGGGGACCCAGAAAAGGCCGGAGUCACUUCAGUUCCCUUAACAGACUCUAAAUCUGAUGAUCACCUAAGUUUCCCUGAAGACCAGUCUGCGAAGACCAGUGUUCUGACUGUCUCCUUUGUGGAUCAGGACCGGUCUCAGCCUCGUCUCUACAGUGGGGAGCAGCCUUCUUCUUAUCUUGGUGCAAGUGUGGAUAAGCCCCAUCACCCUUUAGAACUUGCAGACAAAUCGCCCACGCCUUGUAAUUUGCCCAGAGACAAAGUCUACCCUCCACCUGGGUCCCCUGAAGAGGACACCAGCACAGCCCCCGUGGCUUAUGUGACGACUGUUCCGACAGCAGCCGAGAUGAGCACCAGGGAAGCCGGCUGGGAUGUGGUCGAACAGCCCAGCGCAGUGGAUUUUGCAGUCGCCACCCUCCAGCGCACUCACAGAACUAGUCGUCCCCUUCCACUGCCUCCUUCCCAGAGAGCCACAGAGCAGCUGCCAGGCCCGGGGCAGGGACAGGCAGCAGCCAGCGUGGGAGUUCACAAUCCGCACAAGGUUCCAGGAGUAGUUCCAGCUCUGGAGAGGCCGCCUGAACCCAGGGCCGCGGGCGACCCUGCGCCCGUCCUCGCCAGCGAUGGCACCGCCGCGCAGUGUCCCGCCGCGACCCCUGCCCUCCAGCCCGGCCUUCCCGAGAAGGUGCGGGAAGGGGCCCGGGCCCCGCCGCUGCCCCUGCGCGCCGAGCCGGCCCCCGUGCACCCCGCCUGCGGCUUCCCCGGCCCGGCCCCCCCCGCCAGGACCGCGGACGGCAAGAUCGCCGCCGCCGCGCACUGCAUCGGCGCGGACGCGGCCUGCGGUCCCGGUCCCCACGCCUUCGCCGGCGCGGCCCCCGCCUCUGUGGACGACGAUGUUUUGCCGUUACCGCUCCCUGUCCCGCAGCCUAAGCACGCCUCUCAGAGAACUGCUUAUUCCGCCUUUGCUAGGCCUGAUGUCAGCACUGAACCCUUCAGUCUGGAAAACUGUUUGCAUUUCAACGUGACUCCCAACUGCCAGUACCGCCCCCAGAGCGUCCCUCCGCAUCACAGUAAAGUGGAGCCGCACCCGGCGUUCGCCUCCAGGUCAGAGCCACCAGCCUCCGUGGGCCCGCGUUACAACACGUACGUGGCCCCGGGGAGAAACGCGUCUGGACACCACUGGAAGCCGUGCGGCCGGGCGGAGUACGUGUCCUCCUUGGGCGCCGCUGUGCGGGGCGGCUGCUACCCCGAAGACGCGCCGCCGCACCCCACCAUCCGCAGGGUGCAGUCUCUCCACGCCCCUCCGUCCUCCGUGAUCCGCUCUGUCCCCAUUUCCCGGACGGAGGUGCCCCCGGACGAGGAGCCGGCCUUCUGCCCGAGGCCCCUGCACCAGUACAAGCCGUGCCCGCCCCCGCAGGCCCGCCCCGACUACCACGUCACGCAGCUGCAGCCCUACUUCGAGAACGGCCGCGUGCACUACCGCUACAGCCCGUACUCCGGCGCCGCCGGCGCCCUGUGCGACCUGGACGCCUGCGGCGCCCUGCCGCUGCGGCCGCUGCACCGCCUGCCCGGCCGCGACCUGGCCUUCUGCAACCCUCGGCUGCAGGGGAAGAGCGUGCUCGGCUACGCCGGGCUGCCUCCGCGCCCCCGGGCCGGCGCCCCCGGCUAUUUCUCUGCCAAUGACCACAGCGUCGUCAGCAUGCCUCCAGUGGCUGACGUCAAGCACAGCUACACCUCGUGGGAUCUUGAGGACAUGGAGAAGUACCGCGUGCAGUCCAUCCGGAGGGAGAGCCGCGCUCGGCAGAAGGUGAAAGGGCCCGUCGUGUCCCAGUACGACAACAUGGCCCCGGCCGCGCAGGACGACCUCGGCGGGAUCUAUGUCAUCCACCUGCGAAGUAAAUCCGAUCCUGGGAAAACUGGACUUCUCUCCGUGGCAGAAGGAAAGGAGGGGCGGCACGCAGUCAAGGCCGUCAGCCCCGAGGGAGAGGACCGCUUCUAUCGGAAGCACGCGGAGCCGGAGCUGGACAGAGCCCACCCGCACGGAGCGUACGGCGGCGGGCAGCCGGAGAAGCCCUGCCUCCCGCAGAAGCAGAGCAGCCUCAGGAACAGGAAGCUUCACGACAUGGGUUGUGGUCUCCCUGAGCACAGGGGCCAUCAGGAAGCAAGCCAUAGGCAGUUGUGUGAAUCAAAACACGGGCCGCCUUACCCGCAGGGGGCUGGCCAGCUAGAUUAUGGGCCCCAGGGGAUUCCAGACGCGUCUGAGCCAGUCAGCUACCAUAACUCUGGAGGGAUUUACGUUCCAUCGGGGCAGGAAUCUUUAAGACUGAACCACAAAGAGGUGAGGCUCUCCAAGGAGCUGGAGAGGCCUCGGGCUAGGCAGCCUCCUGCCCCAGAGAAACACUCCAGAGACGGCUACAAGGAGGAGGAACACCUCGCUCCGUCAGUCGUCCCACCCCCUAAACCAGAGCGGAGUCAUAGCCUGAAACUCCACCACGCCCAGAGCGUGGAGAGGGACGCUGGCGUGCUGUACCAGUACCAGCCACACGGCAAGCGCCAGGGCGGCGUGACCAUGGUGCCCCAGUACGACAACCUGGAGGGCUACCACUCCCCGCCCCAGCUCCAGCGAGGGGCCUUCGGAGCGGCAGCGCUGGGGGUGUACGUGCCCCCCGGCUUUGCCCACCCGCAGAGCAGGACCUACGCCACGGCUCUGGGCCAGGGCGCCUUCCUGCCCGCAGAGCUGGCCCUGCAGCACCCCGAGACGCAGAUCCACGCAGAGUGAGCCUGGGGGCAACAGAGUUGAAGCAGCCUCUGCUGGACAGUGGACUGUUCUAUUUUUUUCAGUACCCAAACAUUUAAAAAAAAUUUAAAAAAAAAGCUCCAAACCCCCUGACCACAUUAAAAAAUAAUAAAAAAUAAACCAUCUUUUCCCCCUUCCCUGCUUCACCACCACCUCUUCCAUCUAUAGACUCUGUCAUUUUUUUGUCAUUUAAAAAUCUGAACGAGUGUAAGCACUGUGUUGAAAACCUAGUAAAGAGAUUUGCUACAGGCUGUACUUGCCAUAUGGGGCUGAUGUGUAAGAGCCUGAGGACUGCCUUGCACAAAAUUUCAACUUGACUUUGUCCUUCUUAAUGUUUGCUGUAUCCUUCAGAGCGGCUGACGUCCGCUUCCCCGAAGGGCUCUGUGUUUUCUGUUGCGGUCCUACUUGCUUUCUCAGUGGCCAUGCGCUUGGCCCAGAGUGACACCCACUCUUCUCACCUCGUUCCCCCGUGUGUUUAAGUUACAGUGGAGAAACCUUCUCCUGAUCCUUCAGAUGAGUCUCUUGAACAUCUAACAAAUUAUAACCAAAAAAUUAAAGGAAUUAAGACUUCGAGCAUUUCAUAAAGAGUCAUCACAAGUAGUCAGACUAUUUAGAUCCAGGCUGAAUAGGCUCAUAUCACUGCAAAGGGAUCUUUAAGUUAGAAUUCAAGAAACUUCUUAGGUGGAAGUCAGUGCACUUCGUUAGCCCCAGAAAACUAUCAGUGCUUCUGAGGUGUUGCCUGCCUUCAGUUCUUUUUCCCCUCAGUAAUAUUUGGUAAAUUGUGAUCCUAGUGAAAUAUUUCACACCAUUUGUUUUCUUAAAGCAACUUUUUUUUUCAUUUAAAAAAAAAAAACCCAGCAUGGUUUGACUAGAUAAACACAUAAUUUAUCAUGAUUACAAUUUACAUGUUAGUUUGUUUCUGAACCAGAGUCCAGGUUUCCUGGAAUUCUUAAAGUAGCUACAAAUGAUCUGUUAGAAAGCUGAGCGUUCCUGCAAUAACCACUUAGCACAGCCCGUCUCACCCGCUGGAAUUCUGAGCAGUGACCGUUCAGGUCCUAGGGAUUAACGUGCUGUUGCUUCACUCUGCCCUCGUGCGCUCACAGUCUUACUGUAAUUGCCAUCCACACCAGCAUUUCAGGUACAGUUCUUAGAACGCUGCAGACAUGGGAAACAUGUCUGAUACCCAGGACUUUAUUUUGAAAGUUGCAUUCCAUUUUCUCAGCCCACUGCACACAUCCUCCAGACUAGAAGGCAGUCCUGCAUUUCCAGAAUGAGUUGAGAUUGUCAUGUCAUUCCAUAAAUCUUAAUGAUACUUGAUUUUUAUACACUCACAUGUUGUAAGUACUCAGUUUGUAGAAGUUACUAGGAGAAUUUCAUUCCAUUUACUGGAUGGUUGCUGCUCUGGCUUUUUAAAACUUGGAAUUUACUUUCAUUUAGAGCAGAGAAAAAUCUUUUAAGAGGCUAAAUUCAUGCUGCUAUUACUGCUGUGAAAUUGUAUAAAGAUUAAGAUUCAUGCCAGUUUUUUUUAAUCUAAAAAGUCAUGUGAUUACAUUUUAAGGGUUUAUACUUAGAAAAAGAAAUAAAAGUUUUAAGAACAACACAUCUACUUAUAUGUGGAAAUACUCUAUAAGGUUUUCUUUUGUUCCCCCAUGAUUGAUAAGACAGACUGAAUAAAAAUGUUGAUAGAAACCCUGAAAUACCAACAUGGAAAAAGCCUGUGGGAACUUAGCCUCUAGAUCAAACGCGCAGACCCACCUGGACUAGAGUCACAAUGCUGGGGAGCCUGCCAGGACACUUCACCUAGCGCACACGCAGGGAGCCGCUUGCAGGAGUUCGCUCUUUGGUGAAUACGCAGCACUAAUUUCUUCUCUUACCAUGAUCGUCUUUUGGUCAGUAGGCACCCCAUUGCCCCUCUGAGGUAACACAAGCCCCGUAAGCUCUCACCAGCAGCACGGAGAGGAGAAAGGAGCUGGUGUGCCACAGAGAUGCAGAUGGCUUUAGGGACGGAGAGCCCUGAGGGAUGUGGCCGAAGUCUGUCCGGUUUUAACACUUGUGGAUUUGUCAUCACACCCCUUGUUUACUCCAGAAACUAUAAAGUCUCUUUUAAAAAUAUGAAUGUUAAUUCCCUAAAGCAGUUACUUGGUUAAUGUCCUGUGUUUAGAAAAUAUCAGGUGAAUAUUUUGAAUGCAGAAUAAUGACUCAGAUUCCUGGUACUAGUGUGAAACACAGACUUUAGGUAAAGUCUGGAACUGUUUCACUGAGUGUAGAUACAGCCUCAGCUUCGGGUUCAAUUAUUGGAAGGGCUCUGCCUCUGUCCGUCCCUUUCUAAUGGUCUGGGCAGACGGUGGCUGUCAGGCCACUGUGAGCCGAGUAACCGUAGCACCGUCCACUUUGCGUGUGACUCCACAGAGGGAGUAACUGAGAGUCAUGACUCUGAAAUUUUCACGUGGAGCAUUACAGUCCAGGAAAUGGAGCUGCCUUAUGCAUUGAACUCAGAAUUUCAUUCUAUUGGUAUUUUCGUAGCCACGUCUCCAGAGUUGAUCUUUUUGGCAAAAUUGUGAUACCACAGUUUGGUUUGAUAGAAAUAAAUAUUCGCUGGAUGUCUGGCCAGAGACUUUGCGGACAGCCCCAGAAGUGCCGUCUCCUUGCAGUAAGUUGCGUCCGAGCCUCGUGGAUAGCACGUAUGUGCAGUUCCCUUCUAAGCACGCAAGUCCCUGAGGUUGGUCCCAAGGAUAGGUAGGGCCUGCACAUUUUUAUAAUGGCAAAGCAUUUUUUUUUUUUUAAAUUAGGGUCAGGUUGUAAUAUUCUGGGACUAAUUCUGUACAAAAGAGGGACCCUUAACGUGAGUGGGGACAGAAUAUCAUAUCAUAUUCAAAGCAGCAAUAGAGGCAUACAAUGUAAAUUUGAAAUUUGCCCCUUUAGUUAAAAAAGGAGCCUGCAAAGUUCAUAUAUCUGUUUCCAGCCCUGUCAGUCACCCAUUCGGUUUGCGGGCAAAGUGUCAUCCGAGCAGUGUGUUGUAAGGAAUAAUAAUAAUGAAAGCAAAAGUAUGUCAGAAAGUUACUUGCAAAUGGUUAGAGGCAUGUGAUUUUUAGUGCUGUGUGCGACAGAAAUGUCAAGGAAUGGUAUGUUUUACCUGUGCAAGAUAAGCAGUGUGCACAGAAGGUCUUUUUUCCUUUUUUGAUUAGUACUGUUAGUGUUCAAAGAAUAAAAAUGGUUGUUUUACAGUUUAGACUCUAAGGUAGCAAACUCUGAUUUUUCAACCAUGACCUGCAUGAGAGAAGCAUCCUAGGAAGUCUUGGGUCAUACUUCUGAGGUUUUAACUUUAAUUUAUAUAGUUUUUUUAUGUUUUAAUAUUUUUGUGAACUGGUGUAAAUUGUUAAUGCAUAUAAGCUUGUGUAUUUUUGUAAAUAGUUUGUGAUUUAUUUCUUGACCCAUAUGUAAAUAUUUAGAGUCUCAUUUCUUCAAAACUUAUUUGAAGCUGAGUUGUGGGUUUGGGGUUUUGUUUGUUUCUUUGUUUGUUUUGGUUGGGGGUGGGCGGGGAGAGAAGGGAUUUUGUACUCUGAUAAUCCAGAUGGACAUACCUUGUGGCUUAAAGCAAAUGUCCCACUGAAAGCAAUUCAAAUAUCAACAAAAUUAUUUCAGGUUAAAACAGA